CUCUGAUCGAUUCUCCCCCCCACACACAAACAUGCUGCUCCUCAUCUGAGCUCCAAGCCUGCCCACCACCGCGCACACAGCUGCACGCACACAAACAACCUAGCGGCUGGGUUCAAAUGCCCACUUCGGGGAAAGGACCUGCGAGGAGGCCGGGCUGCGAGAAUUGUCGUGCCAAGCGACAAAGGGGCCCCCUGUGGGCAAUGCGUGAAAAAGGGCAGGGACUGCCUCCGCGCCACGAAGCUCAAGUUCAGGCCCAUCACAGGGCCAAGGCCGGUGACAGUGUUAGACACCGUGGAGAACCGCAGUAUGAGUUCUCCGAGUCGCAGAAGUGGUGUCGGUUAUCCGGCAAGAGACUCAGGUUCAUCGACGAAACAGCCGAAAUCAACAGCAUACACAAUGAGGGGUCCGAUUCCGAAGACGACACCCUCUCUGAGGUAGAUGCCAUCCUGACCAGCUCUACGGCACCUACCACAUCGCAAUCCGUCAUCAAAGAUGCUCGAAAUGCCCAUGUGACGCCGUUAGAAGACAACGGCCCAGUCUCGAUUCCGGUCACACGCAGUCGCGAGGAACAAUCGCUUCUGCCCAUCGAGCGAGGGCAGCCCUAUCCCUUGACGAGUCUACCAGCCCUGGAACCCCAACCCGCAUUGCGGCGUCUGCCAUCAAAUUCCCUGAAUCUGAACGAUCUCGCUCAAAACGUCUCCUCAAACAUCCGAAGCCAGUUCUCAGGGCCGAUCGGCUCCAUCAGUGACAUCGGCAGCGGCAGCUCGGCCGAGGACCCGAGCCUUCCGGAGCCGCGUCGGACCUUCGACGGUACCAGUCUUCCCCUGAGAGACCGUCGCGAGGCCUACUUGGUCCGGUUCUUCGUCGACCACAUCGCAGCGCCUUUUGACUUCGGAGAUACUCUCAACCGGGUCUCGACGUUGAUCCCGCAGUACGCCGCUCUGAGUCCCGUUUUGCUCAAUGCCGUUCUCGCGCUGGCAGCCAAGUCCAACGACCGAGAGGAUAAGCUGGCUUUCUUCGACAAGCCGGCCAGUCGGUAUCAUGAUAUCGCCGUGGAUCUCCUCGAACCGGUCUUGAGCGACUCGCACUCCGAAGUUGACGAGAUUCAGUUCGCAGCGGCUGUACUACUGAGGAUCUAUCAGAUUAUCGACACCGUGCGGGCCACGGUACAGGCACCUCCCGCGAUACUGAACUUCCUUACUUCACGCGUGAGGGUACCGGAAAAGGGCAGCCUGUUGGAAGCAACAAUCUGGUCUUGGAUACCCGCUGAAAUAUUCCGGUCCGUGAUGCGGAACGAGCCACUCAACCUAUGCUUCCUAGAACCCAUCAACUUUGAUCGCUCGUUGGAACCGGCGGAUGACCAGGUAUGGGCGUUUCGAAUGAUACUGCACACUAUUGACAUCUUAGACUACGUAUUCGGAGAGACUAAAGAUCCAACGACAUACGGCCAACUCGCUUCAUACGCCGCCAGGUGGAUCAGAGCAGCGCCAGACUCGUUCACUCCGGUGUUCGUACAGAGCCUGCCGGAGAACGAGUUCUUCCCGGACAUUCUACUCAUCAAUGAUUCCGCUGUGCUGGGGAACAUGUACUACCAGCUAAGCCGAGUACUUCUGACGAUGCACAACCCCGACGCACCGCGACUCUCCAGACGCUCGUCACGCGCGGCUCGCGUAAUGCAGAACGAGAUAUGCACCGACGUGAAGGUAAUUUGUGGGAUGGCGGAGUCGAUCAGUGACUGCAACCCGGCACAUAUAGUUGCCAGCAUAGCCAUCGCACUCGCAGGAACCCAUUUUACCAUUCGGGAGGAGCAGGUGGAGUUGUAUAAACUCUUCUCUAAAACAGCGACGUACUUCUAUUGGGACAUAGGCUUGGUUAUGAAACGCUUAAGAGAGGCAUGGGGUUGGUCCGAAUAAGCUAGCCCGUUGCUAUUUGCGUCUAUUCCCAUGGUUUGGCUCCGGCCACCGUGGAUCUUGAGCACCAUCGUGGUAUGUCUCGGCAGACUGAUUCUGAAAAACGCUUGAAGAGGUAGACCAGGCUACAUUGCUGUGUUCUUACCGCCUCGCAAUCGAUUAUUUUCGCACAAGACUUUCUCCCUCCGGACUCUUGCCAAGGGAUACUCGGAGCGAGAACGUGAGGCAGACUGCUCUCAGUAAACGACAAACAAUCUGACCUCGAUGCUCUCCCUCGGCUCCUUUGGCGCCGGCCCAGGUAGUGUGAAAGAAGUGUGUCCCACCACCUGGGCACCCCCGGAAUCAUGCUGCAGGAAGAGCAAAACCUCCUCGGGCGUCUGGUCCGCCAUGUACCACCACUCGUGGCGCCUCCCGGCGUCCUGCGGCCUCUGCAGCCAGUAGCCCUCGACGCCGGGCCCAACCUCGGGCUGCGGGACGGUCAGGUAGUCCUCCCAGGCCAUCGAGGCUGUGUCGGCCACGGUGACGGGGUUCUUGCGCACCGUCUUCAGCGGCCUCCACGCGUUGACCAUCUGCCAGUGCUUCCCGUUGUCGUGCACAUCGGCGUGCAUCUCCGGGCAGUCCCAGCUCAUCAGAAUGGGGGCGAAUUUGCUGGUCACGUCGACGUGCGGCCUCCGGGCCGGGCAGCGAUGCUUGCGGGUGUAGGCCAUCCCGUCCUCGUAGGUGACAUUGCGCACCACGUGGUGGAAUGCCUUGACAACAGACGCGCCGAGCCUACCAGGUGAGGCCAGACUCAUCAGCGCUGUACUAUAUCGUGCUUGUAUAUGUGCAUGGCCAAAUGUAACCAAAGGUCAUGCAGAUCUUUCCUUGGGGGGAGGAGGGGGUGAGGUUGAUAAGAACAUACUGCUCUUUGACCAGCUUCUCAAGCUCCGGGAAGUACGUGGUUUUCACUUGGUCGUCGUCCAGGUAGUCAAUUUCUGGAGGGCCGGCCAGUCGCGCGUAUUGGAAGCCGUUCUUGGGAAUAGAAAACUCUCGAUCCGCUGCUCGGGCGUUGCGGACCUCGGCCGGCUGCAGGUCGAGGAACUCGGCGUCGUGAGAGAACAUUUGCGCAUGGUUCGGGAUCUUGCCUUGGUCGUCGCGCCGGACGUAGGGGAUAUCCACGGUUAUUGCAUCGCACGUCGCCAUCUUUUUUUUUUUGGUGCUGUGUAAUGACGUGUGUCUGCUCUUUGAAAUUAACGAAACCUUCCAGCGAUUAAGUCGAGACUCUUGUGUUGUGCUAUGGAAA